AUGAGCGCGGCUGCUAGUACUUCAGAUUCCACUGGUCUUCGAUCGUUCAGUGGAGAUUCAGAAGAUGCAAAAGAAUACAAGCGAUGGAAGGUGUGGGUGAGCAACAAAUUGCUCACCAUUGCUGACAAGGUUCCUGAACAUGCCCGUGGCGCCUACGUGUACACCCUUUUGUCUGGCAAAGCAUUGGAGUGUGUAGAGCACCUUGACCCCAGCAGUUAUCAGAAGAAGGAUGGCGAGAAGAUCAUCUUCGAACGCCUGGACCAGCGUUUUCCUCAGAAAGACGCUUCCGACAAGAUGUCGGAAGUUUUGACGGAAGUGUUUGCCGUCAAAUCCCAUGAGGGAGAAUCGCUGAAGGCCUGGAUUUCUCGAGCAACUGAACUGUUUGAUCGAUGUCAACGCAAGGUCAACGUCAACUUUCCUGAGGAAGCUCGCGGUUGGAUGAUCCUACAUCGAUCUGGCUUGAGCGAUGAGCAAAAGGCAGUUGUCCUCGCUCGAUCGUUGGGGGUGUUGAAGAGGGAAGAGAUCGGUCGUGCCAUGCGCUCUUGUUACCCCGACUUCGUUGUUGGUAAGAGACGCGCUGCAGGUAUUUCUCUGGUCGAGGAUUCCCUACCUCCUGAGGACGACAUCGCUGCUGAUGAAGAGUUCGACGAACUUGAACAGUUCUUAGCAGAGCAUCAGGGCAAGGAAUCAGCUGCAGCCAUGGUAGUUGAAGAACACUUCAUCGCCAUGAUCGACAUCCUGCCAUCCUCUUGGCGAUCCUUGCAGUGGUUGAGAGAGAAGCAACAGAAAUGUUCACCUACUGCUGAAGAGCAGCUGCUUGUGAGUUCACCUGGGUUCGGAGUAUUGGACUCCGGAUGUGGCCGCUCCAUCAUUGGUUGGGAUACAUUACAAGAGUUCAAAGACUUGUGGAAAGCCCGCCAGAUGGAGAUCCCCGAGCCUUUUUCUGAGGUGAACCACUUCAAGUAUGGUAACGGCCACAAAGAGAUGUCCAAACAGGCCAUUCGUGUCCCCGUUCAUCUCGGUGGCAGGGUAGGAACCAUCAAGGCAGCCAUCGUGCAGGGCCAAGCGCCCCUGUUGAUCUCUCGCAGUGCACUCAAAACCCUGAAAGCCACCAUCAACUUCGAGACGAAUGAACUGACUGUUUUCGAUGAUCGUGUAGUCAUUCCUUUGGCCACCAAUCAAGCUGGCCAAUACACUGUUGAUUUGCUUGGCAAUCCUGAAGGCCCCAACAGUGCCUUCGAAGAAAUCAUGAUGACCACCGCCAUUGAUCAGGUCAGUGCACCAACCCUCGACGUGUCGGGUAGUGAUCCGCCGGCCAUGUCGUCCAUCGAGACCAACAACGAGAAGCUGAUGGCUCCAGAUGCAGGUAAGGCCAAGUAUCGUCAUGCACUCCCUCCACAUGUACUCCGAUGUCAAACCGAAUUUCUGUACACGCCACAGGAAGAGUGUCUGGUCUUGGAGAGCCUGCCCAAACAUCAUCUCCGGCAGUUGGAGGCCAUUGUUCGGGAGACGCUUGCCGUACAGCCUCAUGACAAGUCCCAGCAGUCUCAUGAUCAUGGUAAGACACUUCUAGUUGCCGAAGUCUUUUCACCGCCUCGAUUUAGCCCGGUGGUCGAACAAAUGGGCUUCGCGAGUCGUUCAUACGAUUUGCUCAACGGGUAUGAUUUUCGACGCGCCGCCGACAGGAAGCAGGAGGCAGCAAGCUGUGCAGCGUGUCCAUCAUGCCCAGAGCAGAAAUGUCAAGAGGUCUUGAUGGCCAAAGCCGAUCUAGGUGAGAAGACCGAUGAAGAAAAGCUCAUUGAAGAGAACCCAACAUCUGGAUCCGACUUGAAGACUGCCUCGAGUUAUGGCCCCGUUCGCUCUCGAUCGCGAGUGGCCAUGAAAAGUGGACCAGCGGCACUCUUUCGACCAAGACCUAUGCUGCAAGAUGACUUUGUGGAUCUCAUGACUGAAGUUGUCCCCAGACUCAUCACUGAGCAUAUCGAUAAAUCAUCAGCCGUGAAUUGGGAACCAGAUCCUGACAGCAUGCAAGACGUGUCCAGUGGUCCCAGCAGCGGUAGUGGUCUUAAGAGGUCUGCCGAUUCACAAGUGGCAACUGAAGAGCCACCAGCUGUGCGUCCCAAGACUGAUGACACACAAGAUUCUAAAAUGGCUUGGACCUCCGAUGAUGCCGCCAAGCUGCAAGAGCUGCUCCAGAAAGCAGCUGCCAACGGUGUGCAUCCUCUUGCUGCUCUCGAGAAGACCGGCCGUCACUUUCAGGACGAUGGUUUUGAAUUGGUGACCACUGGUGGCAUGUCAGACACCGACGGCUCGAUGGGAUACUAUGUUAAGGAAAUGAUGCCUGUGCCACUCCCCAGCUCAUCGCUGGACCCGGCUCCGACCUACCUGCCAGCUGGAGUGAAGAGUCUGACACAGUGGAGCCAGUCGAUCAUUGGUUUUGGCAAGUUCAAAGGCAAAGGAAUGAGCUAUGCUGACUUGAUCAAUGCCGGCACGGAAGAGACCAAGGGAUACAUCAAAUGGUGCAAGUCCCGGCAGUCCAGUGCUGGUGGUGAGUUGGCUGACUUGGCCAAUUUUCUAGUUCAGCAUGAAGCCGAGCAGUGCAAGUCGGGUAUCUCACUCGGUGAGGUCAUCGCUGGCACCAGCACGCGAAGGGUCUUCAAGUCGUGA